GACCUUGGAAAGCCCAAAUAAUCUUGUGCGUCAAAGCGGAGGAGCAGCUCCGAGCAGAGUUUCCUCGCAGGCCGCCGUCUAAAAACAGACGAGCCGCUCCGCCGCAGCUCCACACCUGUCCGCAAAAAUCAGCCUCACGGGGCGUCAACAACAACAAGAAGGAGGAGGAAAAAGACGCGCAGAUCACAGAGCGCAAGUUAGUUAGGGGAGCUGCCUUCAAGAAAUGUGUGCAAGAAGCUGCAGACAGGACGGACUGGUGACUGACUGGCUGAAAAAACGUCGAGGAUUGCACUAGAAAAGGCUAAUUUUUUUAAUCAAAAACGAAGUGGGUUAUUCGUGCCCUGGAUGAGUGACUGGGUGUCCUGCUGCAGCUUCGGUUAACCCGUGAAGGGCACACAUGGCCCACGGUGUCCACGACCACCAGGGCCGCCUGCCAGUGGCCCAGGCCGCCGUACUGACUCUGCCCGCACCCAGCCAAGCAAAGGACUUGAGGCCCAGACUGACUGCUCUGGACUCUCUGCUUUGUGGUGCGUUUGCUGGAGCCGUUGCCAAAACAGUUAUUGCACCUCUGGAUCGGACCAAAAUCAUUUUCCAAGUGUCUUCAAAGAGAUUCUCUGCUCAGGAGGCCUUCAGGCUCAUCUACUGUACAUACGUGAAGGAUGGGUUGCUCAGUCUUUGGAGAGGAAACUCUGCCACCAUGGUGAGGGUCAUGCCUUACGCCGCCAUCCAGUUCUGCUCACAUGAACAGUACAAGAGACAACUGGGGAGCUACUACGGCUACCAGGGAAAAGCUCUGCCUCCUUUCCCUCGUUUCCUGGCUGGAUCCCUGGCUGGCAUGACUGCUGCUAUGCUAACCUAUCCUCUGGACAUGGUUCGAGCCAGGAUGGCCGUCACCGCUAAAGAAAUGUACAGCAACAUCAUGCAUGUGUUUGUACGGAUCUCCCAAGAGGAAGGUGUGAAGACGCUUUACAGAGGCUUCACCCCGACUAUCCUGGGUGUCAUCCCGUAUGCAGGAAUCACAUUCUUCACUUAUGAGACCCUCAAAAAACUACAUACAGAAAAGACGAAACGAUCCCAGCCGUACCCUUAUGAGCGUCUGGCCUUCGGUGCCUGUGCGGGCCUGAUCGGACAGUCGGCUUCGUACCCUCUGGACGUGGUACGUAGGCGGAUGCAGACGGCCGGCGUCACCGGUUCAUGCUACAGCACCAUUCUGGGGACGAUGCGUGCGAUCGUAACGCAGGAGGGAGUCAUACGUGGACUGUACAAAGGCCUGAGCAUGAACUGGGUGAAAGGCCCCGUGGCAGUGGGGAUCAGCUUCACCACAUUCGACGUCACGCACGGCCUUCUGCUCAAGCUGCACCAGAUGGGCUACUUCAUCCACUGAACGGAGCUGGAGCAGAAAAGCGCAGAUGAGACUUUCAUAAGGAAGGUGGUCGAGUCUGACAGGAAUGAGUAAUGCAGGACGUUGCUGCUGCACAGUCCUGUUCCCUUCACGUGGGAGUGGAUGAGCCGACAGGAAGUGUGUUUGUGCACGCAGAAACGCAGAAUCUGAAACUGUUGCAAACGAGGAAGCAAAGAGACAGAGAAAGCCUGUUUUUAAUUUGUCAAUCAGAACUUUUAUUGUGAAAUCAUGGUACUGUGGGCGUGGCUAAAACGGUGAACGUCAGAGGAAGUGUUUUUCGUGUAUCAAAAUGGAGGAUUUUGUGUUAAUAGGAUGAUGCUUGCACUUUAUUCAACCUGCAAUGUUCUUUCAGUUUAAUCCUGCAUCAAUUCAAUGAUUUUAAUUCUUUUAAUUUGGAGAGAAAUUAUAUUUUUAUUUCAAUAAUAGUGCUUACUUUUUAAUUCUGUUAAAUAGCCGGAUGAUACAGGGUGGACUUUGUACCUGAAGGGUGAUUUUGCUGUCUGUUUUGUUUUUAAUUUGAUUUAAUCAUGGUGCCAAUAAUGGAUUGAACUGACCCAGAUGGAGUAAAUGAUUGUAGGAGGAUGAUGAUGUCAGCAGGACUGAACCGGUUCACUGUCCGUCCAGCACUGAGAUGUGGAAACGUAUUACUUCUAAUGUCUAAUAAAUGGACACUAAUGAAACAUAUGAGAAAUAAAUCUAUCUAUAUAUAUAUAUAUAUAUAUAUAUAAUGCAGAUCCUGGUUUAUGUAAAUGUCAUUGAGAUAUUCUGCUGUGCUCACGUGGUUGUGCACAUUCUCUGGUUGCUUUUACUUGACUGGGAGGCAUCGUUUACUCAAAAGGAAAUCUAAAAAUGCUAACUCAGUUACAUGUGAAAUAUGGAGAAAUCUAACUUUCUCUAACAAUGUCCAUUUCAGCGACACAGUAUAUCCAAAGAUGUAAGUUUACGGUUGUUUCAAACAUGACUGGCCUUGCAAUAAAAAUGUUCAUUCACAA